AUGGAGAACCCUAAAGAAAAUAACAAGGUAGAGAACCAUCAUACGGUGAAUGCAAUUUUGAGUCCUACUUUUGUCUUUUCUGCUACAAAACUAGCAGACCAAUUCGGAUAUGCAGAAGGUAAUCCUACUCCAGAACAACAAAUAUUGGAUCCUAAAUUAAGAAGAAUAUUUUCUAACCGAUUUGCUGCCCAAAGAUCAAGGGAGAAGAAGAAAAAUCAUUUAGCCGAUUUGGAGAUUCAAAAGAAAACUUUUGAGAAUGAAAUAGCCCAAAAACAACAACUACAAGAUUUGUACGAAAAUAAGAGGCAGACUCAGAUAGUAGAAGAAGAAAUAAUGUACCAGGAAAUUGAUAUUCUUAAGAAUUAUUCAAUGUUCAAAGAUGGUGAAAUUGAGAAGGACAAAGGUGAAGUGAUUAGGGAGAGGGAACUCCAAGUGAUAGAGCAACAAGAGGAAUUGCAAGCACAGUUGGUUAACUUGAAUAUUGGUCCACAGGAGUGUCCAAUUAUCCAACCUCAAUUUAUUAUGCAAACUCAUAUCCAGUUGCAGCAAAUGAAGUGGAUCCACUUGAGUCAUACAUACCACCAGAGCCAAGGGAGAUGCGGUUUCCUGCUGUGCCAAAUUUGCAUGAUUUGAACUUGAGUCUACCCAACAACAUGGGAUCGGUGGAUCAGACAAAUCUUACAAGGGAAACCGCUCCGAAUCACAAACCUUAAUUAGGCGUCACUUUACUUUAGAUUUCCCAGUUUUAUGAUUGCUUAAUAUGACUUGAAAUUUGGAAGGUUGGUUUUUGUUUCUAGUGUGUUUCUAUAUAUAUAGUUGUUGUCUCUAGAAGUUGUAGUGGUUCACAGUAAGCAAUUAUGAAGAAUAGGAUUUCAAAUGUACUGCUUUUGUUUAUG